AAGUUAUUAAAAAGUUAUUAACGGAGGGCGAUACUCUUUCGUUUGAGGAAGCGGUAAAAAUAGCCAGAGCAUAUGAGACCGCUGAAAGAGAAUCAAAGAAUAUGCAGCCAGAGGUAGCAGAGCGCGAAAUUCAGAUAGUACAGAAAAAAAGGACAAAUGCCACAGUUACAUGGCAGAGGCGUUCUCCAUCUAGACAGGAAAAGGCUGAAUGCAGUAGAUGCGGGGGAAACCAUGUUGCUGACAAAUGUUAUAAAAAGACUUGGACGUGUUACACUUGCAAAAGGCAGGGACAUGUAGCAGCAAAGUGUUAUUUUCGUCCGAGGGACAGAAAUCUGGUGAAGAAUUUGGAAAUAGAGCAACCUGAGGAGGAGGAUGUAGUUCUGGGCAGUAUUCAGCAUAUUAUGGGUGAAGAAGAGGCUGCCUGGGUAACAUUAUGACUCAAAAAUGGAAAAUCUAUCAAACUACAAGUGGAUACUGGUGCCUGCAAAACAGUCAUACAUAAAAGUGAUUUUGAAAAGUAUUUUGAUAAAAAUGUGCUCAGGAAAUGUAGUUAUAAGUUAAAAUCUGUAUCAGGAGAGCCAUUAAGGGUUAUGGGAUCUAUCAAGUUAGAGAGUGACGGGAAAGAAUUGUAUUUGACAGUUAUAGAUUGUGAUAAGUAUUUUCAACCUCUUAUUGGUAGAAAUUGGCUAAAGAUUAUUUUUCCAAGUUGGCAAAAGUAUUUUGAAAUUAAGAAAAUUGUAGGGGAUGAAAAUGAAAAACAUUUAAUUAAGAAAUUGAUUGAUGAGGUAAGAAAUAAUUUUAAAAAAGUGUUUGAGAAGGAUCGGUCCUCCCAUAUAUUAAAUUUUAAAGCAAAUCUAAAGCUAAAACCUGGGGCAGAGCCUAUCUUUCAUAAAGCUUAUACUAUUCCUUACUCAAAAAAAGAGGAGGUCGAAAAAGAAAUUAUAAAAUUAGAAAAGGCAGGUAUUAUUGAAAGAGUUAAGCACAGUAGGUGGGCUAGUCCAAUAGUAUUAGUGCAUAGGAAUGAUAAGAAAUUAAGAGUGUGCGUAGAUUAUAAAGUAACUUUAAAUCAAGUACUGGAUACAGAACAUUACCCUCUGCCUCUACCAGAGGACAUUUUCACUGAGUUGACCGGGGGUAGUGUUUUUUGUGUUUUAGAUUUAACAGGGGCGUACCAAUAGUUACUUUUAGAGGAGUCUUCCCGGGAAUAUAUGACUAUAAAUACUCAUCUGGGUUUAUUUAGACCAAAUCGUUUGCAAUUUGAGGUAUCCAGCGGGCCUUCUGUAUUCCAAUGUGCCAUGGACCAAAUUUUACUAGGAUUGAAAAAUGUCAAAUGUUUUAUCGACGAUGUGGUAAUUAAAGGAAACAGUAUUUUGGAUUGCUACGAGCAUCUGGUUAAAGUAUUGAAGCGUUUACAAACAUAUAAUGUCAGAGUAAACAUGGACAAAUGUCAGUUUUUUUGUAGUGAAAUUAAAUUUUUAGGGCAUAAUAUAUGUAAAGAAGGAAUUAAACCUUUACCUGAAAAAGUUGAAGCCAUUGUAAGAGCACCAGCACCCAAGUCAGUUACUCAAUUGCAAGCUUAUCUAGGUCUUUUAAAUUACUACUGUAAAUUUUUGCCAAGAUUAUCAGAAUGUUUAAAGCCUUUGCAUCAAUUGUUAAAAAGUAAUAUUCCUUUUAAAUGGUCAGAGAGUUGUGAAAAAUCUUUUCAAACUAGUAAACAAUUAUUAAUUCAAAAUCAAUUAUUAGUUCAUUAUGAUUGCCGUAAACAACAGUAUUUGACCACAGAUGCCAGUGAAUAUGGUGUGGGGGCAGUUCUUAGUCAUAAAAUAGAUGGGGAUCCAAUUAGUUUUGCAUCAGGUACGUUAAACGCAGCACAAAAAAAUAUUCCCAGGUAGAGAAAGAGGCAUUAGCCAUAAUUUUUGCAAUUAAAAAAUUCCAUAAAUUUUUAUAUGGACGAAGCUUUAUUUUAGUAACUGAUCAUCAACCUUUGAAGUUUAUUUUUGAUCCUUUAAAAAGAAUACCAGUCACUGCUAAUGCCAGACUUCAGAGGUGGGCUCUUUUGCUGUCUGGUUAUACUUAUGAUAUUGUCUACAGAAAGGGAACCUUGUUAGGAAAUGCUGAUGCCUUAUCACGUUUACCUUUGCCAGAAGAAGCCGAAGUUAAUGACACUUUAAAUUUUUUAAGUUUUACUGAAAACCCACCAUUGGAUUUUAGAGAUAUAGCAUUCCAUACCCGAAAUGAUUCAGAACUUAGUAAAGUUUAUGAGUAUGUAACUACAGGGUGGCCAAAAAGUAUAAGCCAGGAGAGUUUGAAGCCUUAUUUUCUAAAGCGGGCUGAGCUAUGUAUCGAACAAAAAUGUAUAUUGUGGGGAAAUAGAGUCAUUAUACCACUUAUAUUAAGACCUAAGGUGUUAAAAUUGUUUCAUGAAUCUCAUCAGGGGAUUGUGCAGUCAAAGAUGUUUAUGAGAGAAUAUUGUUGGUGGCCAGGUUUGGGACUUGAUAUAGAAAAAAUCAUUGCAUCUUGUGACAUAUGUCAAGCAACUAGGAAUUUUACAAACUCUAGUUCAUUGACUCCUUGGAAAAAAACAGAAAAUAAUUUUGAAAGGGUUCAUGUUGAUUUUUUCUAUAUAAAAUCAGUCACAUACUUGCUGAUUAUUGACUCUAGAUCAAGAUGGUUGGAUGUUCAUAUUAUGCAGGGUACAACUGCACUCCAUGUAAUUACAAAAUUAUGUAAAACUUUUGCAUUUAUAGGUGUACCUGCUCAAUUAGUGAGUGACAAUGGUCCACCAUUUAGUUCAGUAGAAUUUGUAAAUUUUUUGAUAGCUAAUGGUUGUGAAGCUGUCAAAACACCUCCUUAUCACCCUCAAUCAAAUGGGACUGCAGAAAGAAUGGUACAAACUAUUAAGAAGUGUUUAGUCAGGUUAGAAAAUGAAAAUCCUAAAUUAUGUAGAGAGAUUAUUUUGCAAAAUUUUCUGUUUACCUAUAGAAAUUCACCAAAUGUUACUGGUAUGUCACCAAAUGAAAUACUGUUUAAGCAAAGACCUAGAACAAGAUUUGACCUAAUGAAACCAAAUAAUAUUAUUUCAAAGAAAAGUUGUAAAAAGGGUGUAAAAACAAUCAUUACUUUUAAAGAGGGGGAAAAGGUGUGGUGUAAAGAGUUGAGUAGAGGAAAAGGAUGGGUUAAGGGAGUUAUUUUAAAACAAUUGAGUACAGUCAGAUACAUUGUAAGUGUUGAAGGUGUGGAUAAAUAUUAUCAUGUAUCCUCCUUGAGGCCUUAUGUUGAUUACAUGGUCGAUUCCCAACCUGAUAUUAAAAGUGUGCCUGAGUCGAAGACGAGAACUCCUGAAAAUGAGCCACCAGUUCAAACUCAAACUAAUGAUUCUAGCAUAGUUAAUUUUGAGACAGGAAUUAUGGAUGAAAGUUCUAGUGAUGUUUCUUUUGAUGACAAUUUAAAUUGUAGAGAUGAGGUGGUAGAGAGUGAGGAAGUAAAUGAUGAAAGAGUAGGUCCAACUGUGGAAACAUCUCCAGCAUCUUCAUCUCAUCAGUUAAGGAGAUCAUCUAGAGUAAGAAAACCACCUGAUCGUUUAGAUUUAUAAGUUUAUUCAGUUAUUCUUAAUUUACUUUAAUGUUAAGUUUCAUACUAAGUAGCAUUAAAAAUAUUAUAAAACUGAUUGUAAUAAGACUCUUUAAGGGGACGAGUGUUGUGUAUGGCAACUUUUUGGGUUUAAGUCACGUUGACAGUUGUAAUCUGUGGUUCAGAACACGUGUAGAUAAAAGUGUGCAAGUGAACAGAAAAAAUCUGAAAUUGGUUAUAAAAUAAAGAACGCAAAUAUA